GACAUGGAACUUGCAUUAGCGCUUAGCCGGGAGAUGGUGGCGCGCGGCGUGCCGCGCAACGUCCACACUUUUUCCGCGCUCAUGAACGUAUGCAUCAAGGCGGGCCAACACCAGACUGCGCUAGAUGUGUGGCGGGAGCUGCAGGACGCAGGAGGCAUGGAGCCGGUGACAAGGACGUACAACACGCUGAUGAUCGCGUGCAACAGCAGCAACCAGUGGCACGAAGCGCUUGGUGUGUACAACGAGAUGCUGGCGAACGGUCACACGCCCAACACUACCACCUACAACGCGCUGAUCACUGUGUACACCAAAGCGGGCCAGUUGGAGAAAGUCAUGGAGACAUUUCGGGAGAUGGAGUCUGCGGGCUGCGAGCGCACCGUCAUCACGUACUCGGCGCUGAUCUCCGCGUGCGAGCGGGACGGGCAGUGGGAGCUGGCGCUGCAGAUGUUCAGCCAGAUGCUUCGCGAGGGCUGCACCCCCAACGUCAUCACCUACAACUCGCUCAUCACCGCGCUGGCUGCCGGGUCGCAGUGGGAGAGGGCGGCGGAUGUUUUCGUGCAGCUUCAACGCCAGGCACGUCGUUUGGGGGCUGGGGAAGGUUGCGAGCCCGACGUGGUCACCUACACUGCGCUGAUCAACGCCUACGGGAGGGGCGGGCAGUGGCGCCGUGCGCUG